AUGGCAAUCGAGAGCAAGGCAGAGGUGGCAUUGGACAGUUUAUCUCCAGAAGAGGCAGAGCAAUUCGUUGCAGCGUUUGGUUUUAGAUCAGCGGAGCAGCCAGUCCGUUUGUAUGGUGGCUAUGCAUCGUCGAACUUCAAGGUGAUCGCCAAGAAAGACGGGGAAGGCACAAGUCGACCUUUCCUUCUGAAGGUAAAUUAUGGUGGCCUCAACAUCGAGGAUAUUGAGCACCAACUCUUCGUCAUGAACCACUUGAGGACCUGCAGCUUUCCUACGAACUACCCGCACCCUUCAUCUUCUGGCUCUCUGAUGGUGGAACAGAAUGGAAGGAGUGCCAUACUGCUGGAUUUCAUUCACGGAAAGUCUGGCGACAAGGUGUUGGCUGAGAAGGAGGACAAAGCUCCAGCCAUUCUCAGGGAACUGGCGGCAACAUUGGCCAGACUGCACCAAGUGGAUUGGCCUGAGGAGAGAACCGUGCGCGACAUUCGAUCUGGAUAUCCGCUGUGUAAUACUGGCGAUCUCCUGCGUGGGGAGGACGUUGAAAAACUCCAGGCCGAUGACCGCUUCAAAGAUCAUCCUUUUGUGGCUCUUGUUCAUCGUCAAAUCACUUGGCUGCGUGAGCUCUACGACUCCAAGGUGCCUUGGGGUUUGAUUCAUGGUGAUGCUUUCCUGGACAAUACCCUGUACGAGGAUGGACCUGGGCCUGACUGCAAGCUCUUGGCCCUCAUCGAUUGGGAGGACUCGUGUGUCGGGCCUUAUGUGGUGGACUUGGCCGUGUGCGCCAGUGCGACCUGCUUCACGGCCGCAAAUGCCAUCAUGAGACCUCGCUUGCUGGUUCUACUGAAGGAGUAUCAGAGGCACCGCAAACUGUCGGAGGUGGAGUCAAAGACAUUCGUUGACUUCAUGGCAGCGGGUGCUUUGGCAUGUGGUUUCUAUCGUUUCUGCGAGUUCAACGUGCGGCAACCAGACGCCACUGCCCAGGCGAAGGACAGCUACCGGCUGAUGGGUGAAAGAGCAGAGUUGCUAUUGAAUGGCCAAAUACGAGAGGAAGUGCUUGCGGUGCUUGAAGCCAGUGCUGCUUGA